AUGUUGACUAUCGGUCUCCUAGGGGCAUCAGCCCUCGGGCUGAGCGUCGGCUCUACCAUCGCCUUGGGCAUACCUGCCUUACUAAUUGGAAUCCUUGCCUGGUACAUCAUUUCAUAUUUCAGAGAUCCUCUAGACCUACGAAGAUUCGCAGGGCCAAAACUUGCUGCUUUUUCAGCAGUCUGGUCUAUGAGGCACUGUCUCAAGAACAAGAGAUUCUGGGGAAUUCACAAAGUGCAUGAGAAAUAUGGACCGAUCGUUCGGAUUCAACCCGAUCAUGUUAGCUUCAACCUGGGCGAGGCUAUCAACGAUAUCUACGGUCACGGAAAGGAUCUCAUGAAAGCACCCUUCUACGACACGCUCGCAGCUGCGCAUCGAAGUAUGUUUGAUACGACUGAUAGAGUCGAACAUGGUCUCAAGCGAAAAUACGUUUCCCACAUGUUCGCACCACAGUCCGUCACCGAACUCGAAGACGUCAUUGCAGGUGUCACCAGUGACUUGUGCAAUGUUAUCGACCGAUACGCCGAAAGCGGUGAAUGGAUGAACAUGCGCCAUUGGGUCAGCAUGUACGCAUUUGACAUCAUUGGUCAGAUGGGUUUUGCAACAGACCUUGGCUGCUUGAGGAGAGGCGACGAUAUUCUCGUUGGCCAAACACGAUCAGGAAAGCGGUACACUGCGUCGGCAAUGAAAGGUGUCUACGAUGGAGGGUCUUACAACGUCUUGUGGGGCCAGGCACCUGCUUAUCUCGAAUGGACAAAAUGGCUCACUCAAUGGACAAAGGGACGCUACUAUGCCGACUUCUUCUUCGACGUUGCGAUAGAGCUUGUCAAAAAUCGUGUCCCAGCAGAAGAUGUUGCUGAAUAUGAGAAGACACGACGGUACGACUUGUGGCACCGAAUGGUGGUUGGCAAGAAUGGCGACGCCCUGGGUCUCGAAUUCGAAGAGAUGUUCUCCGAAGCAGCUGUCCUCAUGAUCGCUGGCUCAGAUACCUCCGGAACAGGCGUCUGCAAUACUAUCCUGGAACUUAUUCAGGAUCCCAAAAGACUGAAAAAGCUGCGGGAGGAACUUGACGCGGCCAUCCCACCGGAUACUCAAGUCGCAACUCAUGACCAAGUCAAAGACCUACCAUACUUGGCCGCAUGCAUCAACGAAGCCCUUCGCCUCAGACCGCCAAAUGCUCAAGGGCUCCCUCGUAUCGUUUCUAAGAACGGGGCUACUAUUUGUGGCUAUCAGAUGAAGCCGGGCACGUCCGUUUCCGUUCCCACAUACACUAUUCACCGGAACGAAGCAUACUUCAAGGAUGCCCUCACUUUCAACCCGGAACGUUGGAUCGACAACCCAGAUCCACAAGAGACAUACAACUUGCAGAAAUACGUGAUCCCUUUCUCCCAUGGCAGCAGAGCGUGCAUUGGCCGCAACUUGGCCAAUUUGGAGUUGAGAGUCGCUAUUGCUACUGUGAUGUCAAAGUUUGAGUUCGAAAUGCAGUAUCCUGGCAAGCCUGUCGAGAUUUUUGAACGUUUCAAUUCCAACCCAGAAGACUUUUAUGUGAAAGUCCGACGCCGAGUGAGGGCUUGA